AUGGCUUUACUGUCGAUGAAAAAUGCGGCUUCCCAUUGCAUUGUUUUCUGUCUAGAUUUUAACUUGUUGGAAGCAUUAUGUUGUGUCUCCAUUGAAGACAAUGGAUUUAUUGACAAGACUCCGGUUGUACGUGACACGGAGCCUUGGUUGAACCGUCGCCUCUCUCACUUCAUCUUCUACUCCGUACAUCGCUAUAAAUCCCCGGUUCGGCGAAAGAGAGGGACCCCGGCUCUUCCCAUUCGCACUCCUCUGGCGCAGGAGAGGAUGAUACGGCGGCUGUCGAGGGUGGCGAGCUGCCCCCGGUACGAAGCGCUGAGGAAGCUGGGGAAGGGGAGGCGGCGCGGGGUGGCGCAGGGGCACGUCCCGGUGUACGUGGGGGAGGAGAUGGAGCGGUUCGAGGUCCGGGCCGAGCUCCUCAGCCGGCCGGUCUUCGUCGAGCUGCUGCGCCUGGCCGCCGAGGAGUACGGAUACCACCAGUGCGGCGCCCUCCGCAUCCCCUGCCCCGUCCCGCUCUUCCGCCGCCUCCUCCUCCUCGCCGCUUCUUCCGACGGCGCGGCCGAGCGGGAGGAGGCCGAGAUCCUCCUCCGCUCCUUCGACGUGCUGUUCCUGUCCUCCGUCGACGGUCCGAGUUGACCCGGCGAUUCGACUCGCCUUUCAUUUAUGUUCAAAGUACAAGGGCAGAUAUGGAAUUUUGUGUUUCUAUAUAAUUAGUAGAGCCUUUCUGCUCUUC